AUGCAGCAGGCUCAACUGCUCCAACAACAGAUUGCCGGUUCACCAUCAACAACUUCAUCUGUGCUACCAACAACUACUGGAGCCAAGCCACCAAAUCAGAACAAUUUGGAAAUCCAGGCAAAUGCUAUGACUACUGAGAACAGUAGCAACAGCAACAUUGGUACAAAUGGCACAAACAGUGCAAAUGGUACAAAUGGUGCAAACAGGGAUGGUAACAACAACCUUAUAGAUACAACUUGCCCAAACUUCAAUCUGAAUUGGGUGUGCACAAGUCCAGGUAAGAAGGUUGACCUCCCUGCAGUACUUGGGAUCACCAAAACAGAGAAAGGGGCUUUUUGGCUCAAUGAGGAAUGGCCCAAGCUCCAAAACACCUCUGACCCAGAUUGGCUGUAUUGUCAAGACAAUUGGGGCAUCCAAAAGGGCAAGAAGGACGCAGAUGCAGACAGACAGACACACAUGCCCACACCUGCGCCCACACCCAUGCCCACACCCACGCCUGCUCCUGCACCUGCUCCCACUCCCACUCCCACUCCCACUCCCACUCCCACUCCCACUCCCACCCACUCCCACUCCCACUCCCACUCCCACUCCCACUCCCACUCCCACUCCCACUCCCACCCCACUCCCACUCCCACUCCCACUCCCACUCCCACUCCCACUCCCACUCCCACUCCCACUCCCACUCCCACUCCCACUCCCACUCCCACACUAAGGCCUACUCCAAUGCAGGCAACACAUGACCCUGAUCCACAAUUACUGUUGCAGGCAGCUCUACAUUUGUCUGUUGUGGUUGCUGGAACAAGCCUGCAAGGGGCUUCAAGUCAAGACAACGCUAUUAUAUACAAUGAUUACAACAACUUACCUGAUGGAGAUGAACAUCUUGGGUCCCUUACUUCUAUGUGUGCUUCACUGCCCCUGGAUAUGGUCACCAACCCAAGUUCAGGCUCUACUAUCAUCUCAACCCCCCCAUCCAUGGUUUCUAACCUGGUUUCCAAUGACUUGCUUCCAGUGAUUGGAUCCCCAAGCUGGCCAACCCAGGGACAUUUGGGCCUGACCAGGGACCUUUUUUCAGCCGCAGAGUCACGCCAUUUCAUGGCCAGAGUUGCAGCUCGGGGACUCGGAAGACAAUUCAGACAGCAACAAGAUCUAUUUGGCAAAGAACAAGGCGCAGAAGAAGGCAAGAAAAGAAAAGAAGAAAGGGAAGCAAGUUGCAACCAAGCCAACACGUUUAACCCCAAGUCAAUGCUCGCUCAACCAACUGGCCCGCAGAUCAAGAACACCAAGCGUAAACGGGGAGAUGAGCUAAUCACCGGGUCAGCGCCAUCUAUUAGUACCACUAAUCAAUUGUUGCCCAAGAGGGCCCGAAUGGUGCUGGGAGCGCGGCUGCCAACAAUCCCAGGACGACGCCCCCUCGAAAAGAACCUUGAUGCGGUAAACGCCCGGGCACAACAGAGUCGAAGGCAACAAAGAGCGGACCGAUUGGCUAACGAAGGAGCUAGAGUGACUCCGAUCCCAAUAUUCAAUGGCACAAUCACAUGGGCAAGAGAACAAGCAGCCCUCAAGACCGUACGUUCAUGGAAAAAAGAAUGGCGUGAACAUUCAGAGUCCAGAAUCAACUCGAGAUACUACAUCCCCCGCCCACCUGCUCUCAAGCUACACCCGAUAUUCAAUACCAGCAACUUAGGCAGGGACCUCAAGUGCCGCCUUGUGCAAUUCCUCACAGGGCACGGAUCCACUACGGAGAAUACCACGCUCAAUUUCACCAUGACGUCGACCCCAGUCGAGGCUUCAUCAAUGUCUGAGCCCCCUCCGCCCAACGAUCCAUCGAGGACCCCGCUGGCGCUUGGCCAAUGGACAAGAACCUCACCGAGCUCUCCGGCCUCCAGCCGUUUUAGUCCCGGGGCGCUCUUCUCUCGUGGCGCACGAGCUACGGAUGAUGCUCCUUGCGGAGGAUUGCUCAGUCAUUCCCCUAGGCAGGGUAUUCGACCGCGGUACAAUCUGCGGGUUCAUUACUCCGCGCAAAAGACUAUUACGGAAUCAGCUGGCCAGUUCGGGACUCAAACAAUAUGCCCACAGCUUACUCGACAAGAGAGGCUGGAGCUGAUAGCCAAGACAUGCUUGCUAGUAUCAUAUACUCAUUCAAAGGGCCUGAUUCAUGGCGACAUAAAACCAUCCAAUAUCUUGCGCUGCUCUGAUGGGUCUCUCCGCUUUUGUGACUUUGCAGAAGCGACUAAGAAAGGUAGCAGCAUGCUUCCACGAGGUUUUACACCGCAAUAUGCGGCCCCAGCCUUGCUUAGCGGCAAUCCCAGACCAUUGACUGUGGCUGAAGAUUUAUAUUCGCUUGGAAUAACCAUUUGGGAGAUAUAUACCGGCCAAAUUCCUUUUGCUGGGGUCGAUGAGGACACACUUGAAGAUUUGAUCCGUAGUGGCGGUCAGCCUGAUAUGUCACUUAUUGAUGCAAACAUACUUGCACUCAUCACAACGUCUUUAGAGGCAACAGACAAGCAACUUGACCCAUGCUCUGGUCACUAUGUAAGUGAUGUGGGUUCUGUACAGGAUACAAAAGAGGGAGCCAUGUCCGCCCCCAGGCGGCCUAGGGCAUUGGCCAGGUCACCCAAGACUGCAACCGUGGGCUUGGGGUGGCAGAGAACCGCACAUGGAUGGAUAUGA